AAAUUCCCCAUAUGAAAACACAUAUACAGUCAGUUCAGCUUCAUGGAUCUGAGCGAUGUUGAAGGCUGUAGUUCUGUAAUUUAAUCUUAUCAUGGAUUUGACUAAUAAGGACCUUUGAGAGCAAUAGGAAAACAGACGAUCAUCAUGAUAUUUUAUUGAUCCUUUGUCAGAUUAUAAACAUGAGAAGGUUUGACAGAAGUUACCUGUGCGAUGGCCAGACCCAAUGCAAAGUCUCCGGACAGAAAUAGUCAUUGAGAUUUAUUUCACGCAUAUGGAAAUUAAGUAAAUAUUAGCCAAUUUAAGACUGCACAGUUUCUUAUAUUUUUCAGACAUGAAUUGAAACACAUAAUCAGCAAUAAUCCCUUCAAUGAGCUUUACACUGUAUAUUUUUAAAAACAAUGAUUUUGAGUUUGCAGCUGCUUCUGUGUGACCUGCAGCACGCAUGCUCUUUCACUCUACUGUACUCCACUGGCAUUAAUUAAAAAGUUUAUAAAUUCAGUAAUCUUUUUCUUUGAAAUGCCAUACAUUUUGCCUUAUUUUAAUUAUUAUUUUCUAAAUAAAACUUUUGAAAAAAUAUAUUUGAUAAUUUGAUUGACAUAAAAAUUUUAGGGUUGCUAUGAUGACAGUCAGGGUGGCUGAAGCCCCCCUGAAAAGGGUCUAGAACCGCCCCGUUCUGAAGUAAAGUAUAAAAGAUAGGACUCCUCAUUGACCAUCACACAAUCUACACUGAAGUUCUGAAAGUGAAGAUUUGACAUAAAGAUUCAUCAUGGCAGUCAUGAGAGCUCUUGUGCUUCUUUUCUUGGUCUUUUCUGUUGAGAAUGCAGCAGCUCAAAAUAAAUGCCCACAUGGAUGGACACCUUUUGGUCUGCAAUGCUACAAAUUCUUCCCUCAGUUAGUUAACUGGACCACAUCUGAGAAAAACUGUCAAUCUAUUGAUUCAAAUCUUGCAUCUGUGCGCAAUACAGUGGACAACAACUUUCUCCUGAGUCUUGUGUCUGCUGACACACAAGCUUGGAUUGGUGGCCAUGAUGGUGAAAUUGAAGGACAAUGGCUGUGGUCUGAUGGAUCUCAAUUUGACUUUAGCAACUGGUGCCCUAAAGAACCUAACAAUAAAGGUGGUACAGAGCACUGCCUGGAAAUAAACCAUACCACUAAUCGUUGCUGGAAUGAUGAAUCCUGUUUAACCACAAUGGGUUACAUUUGUGCCAAACCUCUGAGAUCAUGAAAAAUCAAUCUGUAUCAAAAGUACUAUGAUUGUACAUGCCUAUACAUUUUUCUGAUCUUAUCUUGAAAAAUCUCUGAAAUUAUCUUUUUAAAUUACUGAACCUUUCUGAAAACUUUUCAAACCAAUAAAAGCAUUUAUAAAGCA